UGAGCGCACCGCUCUGCGCCUGCUGUGGCCGUGGUUUUGUGUGGUUUUGUCAUGCGACUAGACUUGGAGAUCUCAGUUACCUGUCUCGUUUGAUUUCCCCUGUUUUUUUUCGAUUUGGUUAUUUCAUUUUGUUCAGCUCGGACAUUGGGCCGUUUUGGUUUGUUGGUAUUCUCGCUUCCUUUUUCCCUGUUUAGUGAACAGAGUAUGUGACACCUUUCCUGCAUUCGCCGGUUGCAGAGAGAUGGAGGAGGAUCAGUCGGCGAUACUGUUUGCUGAAGGUGCUAUAAAAAGCAUUAAACUUAGCCUGUCUACCGAAGAAGAGAUAUGCACCUACUCAAUAAAUGACUGCCCAGUCAACCAUCCUAGUCAGCUUGCAAAUCCAUUCCUUGGGUUGCCCCUCGAAGCUGGAAAAUGCGAAGCUUGUGGUGCCUCGGAAAAUGACAAAUGCGAAGGGCAUUUUGGGUACAUUGAGCUACCUGUACCCAUAUACCAUCCCUGUCAUAUCAGUGAACUGAGGCAACUGCUGAGCUUGAUAUGCUUCAAGUGCCUUCGAAUAAAGAAAGGGAAGGUUAACAAACAGAAUGGAAAGGAAACUGCCUCAGCUACAUUAUCCUGCUACUAUUGCCGGGAUAUUCCAGCACUUUCUUUGAAGGAAACCAAGACAACUGAUGGUGCGAUUCGUUUAGAGUUGAGAGCGCCGCCAAGGAAACAUAUGACAGAACGUUCAUGGAACUUCCUCGAUAAAUAUGGAUUCCACUAUGGUGGUUCUGCGCACAGUAGGCUACUGCUUCCAGAAGAGGCAUUGAAUAUAUUGAAGAAGGUUCCAGAUGAUACUAGGAGAAAGCUAGCCGCACGGGGAUACACCGUGCAGUCUGGGUAUGUGAUGAAGUACCUGCCAGUACCUCCGAACUGUCUCUAUAUUCCUGAGUUCACUGAUGGGCAGAGCAUCAUGUCCUAUGAUAUUUCAAUAGCUUUGUUGAAGAAGGUGCUUCAGAAGAUAGAGCAGAUCAAAAGGUCAAGAUCUGGUUCCCCAAACUUCGAAUCACAUGAAGAGGAAUCGUGCGAUAUACAACUUGCUGUUGGGCAAUACAUCCAUUUAAGGGGGACUACAAGGGGACCUCAAGACAAUAGCAAGCGAUUUGCAGUUGGCACUGAUACAGCUGCAUUGUCGACAAAACAAUGGCUAGAAAAAAUGAGGACUUUAUUUAUCAGCAAAGGGUCAGGUUUCUCAUCACGCAGUGUUCUUACUGGAGAUCCGUACAUUGGCGUGGAUGUCAUAGGGCUUCCGUCUGAAGUGGCAAAAAGGAUUACUUUUGAGGAACAAGUAACUGACAUCAACAUUAACAGGCUGCAAGAGGUGGUUGACAAAGGCCUUUGUUUGACCUACAGAGAUGGUAAAGAUACCUAUGCCAUCACUGUAGGAUCGAAAGGGCAUACCACACUCAAAGUUGGUCAAACGAUCAGCAGGAGGAUAGUUGAUGGGGAUGUGGUUUUUCUUAAUAGACCACCCAGUACUCACAAGCAUUCCCUCCAGGCCUUUUAUGCAUAUGUACAUGACGACCAUACGGUCAAAAUCAAUCCUCUCAUGUGUAGUCCCUUUUCAGCUGACUUUGAUGGCGAUUGUGUACAUAUAUAUUAUCCACAGUCACUUGCUGCAAAAGCUGAAGCCUUGGAGCUUUUCAGUGUGGAAAAACAAUUGAUUAGUUCCCACAGUGGUCAGGUUAAUCUCCAGCUAGGCAAUGACAGUCUGGUAGCUAUGAAAGCUAUGUCUUCCAGAACCAUGUUAAGCAAGGAAUUAGCAAAUCAGCUGGCAAUGUUUGUACCAUUUUCACUUCCGGCUCCUGCUGUAAUCAAGUCGAUUCCAGCUUGGACAAUCACACAAAUAGUGCAAGGUGCAUUACCUGCUAAGUUGACUUGCCAAGGAAAAACACAUUUAGUGAGGGACGGUAACAUUAUAAAGCUGGAUCUUGACAAAGAUCAUGUUCAGGACUCAUUCAAUGAUUUGGUGUCCUCUGUUCUUUCUGAGAAGGGUCCAGGAGAGGCUCUGCAAUUUUUGAAUGUGCUGCAGCCAUUGCUGAUGGAGUUUCUACUUCUGGAUGGUUUUAGUGUGACCCUGAAAGAUUUUAAUGUUCCCAAGGCUAUAUUGGAAGAGGUACAUAAAAACAUUCAGAAACAGUCCCUUAUCCUUGAGCAGUCAAGGUUCUCUAAAAGUCAAAUUGCAGAGAUGCGGGUUGAAAACAAUCUGAAGGGUGUCAAACAACAGAUUUCAGAGUUUGUCAUCAAGUGCUCUGACCUUGGAUUGCUAAUUGAUCCAAAAAAGGAAGCUUCUAUGUCAAAAGUAGUUCAACAACUGGGUUUUGUUGGCUUGCAACUUUAUCAUGAAGGAAAGCUGUACUCAAGCCGCCUGGUUGAGGAUUGCUUCUCAAAUUUUGUGAAUAAACACUCAGACAUUGGAGAUGAGCAUCCUCCAGAGGCUUAUGGUCUUGUGCAAAGUUCCUAUUUUCAUGGUCUCAAUCCUUAUGAGGAGCUAGUACAUUCUAUUUCCACAAGAGAAGCUAUUGUCCGCUCCUCAAGAGGGUUAACAGAACCUGGAACUCUGUUCAAGAAUUUAAUGGCCAUCUUGCGGGAUGUAGUUAUAUGCUAUGAUGGAACUGUGAGGAACACCUGCAGCAACUCAAUCAUACAGCUUAAGUACAAGGAAGAUGAUGAGACAGAUUUCCCAAGUGCCUUACCUCCUGGUGAACCUGUGGGUGUCUUAGCCGCCACAGCUAUCUCGACACCUGCAUACAGGGCUGUCUUGGAUUCGUCUCAGAGUAACAAUGCUUCGUGGGAGUCAAUGAAGGAGAUACUUCAGACGAAGGUUGGCUACAAAAAUGAUAUGAAAGAUCGGAAAGUUAUCCUAUUUCUGAAUGACUGCUCUUGUCCCAAGAAGUUUUGCAAGGAAAGGGCUGCUCUUACAGUACAAAGUUGUCUUAGGAGAGUCACACUAGCGGAUUGCGCUACUGAUAUCAGCAUUGAGCAUCAGAAGCAAAUAAAUUUAGAUGAAACAUCUGAAGCUGCCCCAACUCUUGUAGGCCACAUUCACCUCGACAAGGCACAGUUAGAAAGGAUAAACAUUAGUACUCAAGACAUUCUCCAAAAAUGCGAAGAAAUUUCUGGGAGAUAUGGAAAGAAGAAAGGACAUCUUUGCCACUUGUUCAAAAAGAUCACGUUCUCUACAUGUGAUUGUUCAUUCGCACAGAAUACAAUUGAUGGCUACCUACAUGUGGCUCCAUGUGUGCAGUUCUCUUUCUCUGAUGACAACACCAUAUUAUCUGAAUCUGUUGAGAGAGCAGUAAAUGUGAUUGCGGACUCUGUCUGUUCAGUGCUUUUGGAUACAAUUAUAAAAGGUGACCCUCGAAUUCAAUCAGCUAAAAUCAUCUGGGUUGAAUCAGAAGCGACCUCUUGGGUAAAGAACACACAGAACACAUUGAAGGGCGAGCCAACGCUAGAAAUCAUUGUUGAAAAAGAUGAAGCUGUACGCAAUGGCUAUGCCUGGAGAACAGUAAUGGAUGCCUGCAUACCUGUUCUUAAUCUCAUUGACACACGAAGGUCUAUUCCUUAUGGUAUUCAACAAGUGAAGGAACUUCUUGGCAUCUCAUGUGCCUUUGAUCAAGUUGUGCAGCGGCUUUCAACAACUGUAAAAAUGGUUGCUAAAGGAGUUCUCAAGGACCAUUUAAUACUUGUGGCAAACAGCAUGACAUGCACUGGAAACUUGAUUGGGUUCAAUACUAGUGGCUAUAAGGCAACUUUCCGUUCAUUAAAAGUUCAAGUGCCUUUCACAGAGUCCACUUUGUUUACCCCUAUGAAAUGCUUUGAGAAGGCUGCCGAAAAAUGUGAUUCUGAUUCAUUGGGAUGUGUGGUUUCAUCAUGCUCAUGGGGCAAGCAUGCUGCAAUCGGUACAGGGUCAUCUUUUCAGAUUCUUUGGAAUGAAAACCAGCUGAAAAGCAACAAAGAGUAUGGGGACGGUCUCUAUGAUUUCUUAGCUUUGGUCAGGACCGACCAAGAAAAGGCAGGGUACGCAUUCUUGGAUGACGUCGACUACCUUGUAGAAGAGAAUGCAGUAGAUGAUGUAUGCUUAUCUCCUGAACCGGAUGGGACCCAUGGUAAACCCACCUUUGAGGAUAAUGUUGAAGAGCAAGGUAUCCAGAAUGGCAGCUCAUGGGAAAAUGACACAACAAUGAACUCGAGUUGGGAACAAAAUGCAAGUGCUGGGAAUGAUUCUGGUGACUGGGGAGGUUGGAGUAAUGGAGCUGCAGCAGCUACCAAACCACUGGACCAAGAUAAUUCUUGCUGGGAUGCGCAUGCAACAGUGGAGAACAAUUCCACUGAUUGGGGAGGUUGGGGCACUGAGAAGCAGACAAAUGGAGAACAGGCUGAAAUUAAUACUUGGGCUGAUAAGGGUGCUGGAAUGGAAUCAAGUGCAGGUGAUGAUAACUGGGAGAUGAAGUCCAGUGCUCCUGAGAAAUCAAAGAAAAAUUUGGAUCAUGACACAUGGGGCAACAUGCCAGCACCAGCAUCAGCAUCAGCAUCAGAAAAUACGUGGGGCGAACAAAAAGGAGAUGGAGGUGAUGGUGCCUGGGAGAAGCAAACAGGCUCUUGCAAGGAACAAGGGAUGGAUGUGGAUCAAGAUUCUUGGGGUAAGAAGACAAUGCCACCAUCAAGCAAUAUGUGGGACAAAAAGAAGUCUGAUGGUGUCCAUGGCAACUGGGAGGAGCAGCCCAGCAGUUGGAAUGAGCAGAUGUUGAAUGUAGAUCAGGACUCGUGGGGCGAUGCAAGGGAAAAAAAUAAUUCACAUGCUGGUGACAGUCGAUGGCCGGAGCAGGCCAGCACUUACAAAAGGAAGAGGACAAAUGCUGAUGCUGGUUCCUGGGAUAACAUGGCUAUGGCACCAUCAAACAAUGCUUGGGAUGCUGGCGAGGGAUUUGGAAGAUCAAUUACCAAGUCUGAUGCAGGAUCCAGUUGGGGUAACAAAGAUAAAAUGGAGACUGAUGAGCAUUCAAAAAUCCCAAAAGAAUUCGACCCAUGGAAUACAGGGAAAUCAAAUGAAAGUUCAUGGGAGAAAACUGAUGCACUGCAGGAUUCCUGGGGCAACAGUGCAGCUGACAAUAAUAACACGCAGGAGGGUUCCUGGGACAAGAUAGCUGUAAAGGAUACCAAUUCACAGCAAGAUUCAUGGGGUAAUGUGGCAGUCCAGAAUAAAAACACGCAGAAUGGUUCCUGGGACAAUGGAGCAGAAAAGGUCCCGACUUCUGAUGCACAGGACUCCUGGGGUAAUCUGGCUGCAACACCAGCGGGCAAUUCAGAUGCGAAGCAAUCAGAUUCUUGGGAUGGCUGGAACGCUGCCCCUGCUGAGAACUCACAGGGUAAAUGUAAUGAGACAACUGAUUCUGGUGACAACAAAGGCUGGAAAUCAGAAGGAUGGGGUGGCAAAUCUGGUAACUGGAGCGGCCAAAGAAACAAUUCUGGGAGACCCCCAAGGGGACCAGAUGAGAGGGGCCCGCCUCCACCAAGACAACGGUUUGAACUGACAGCUGAGGAGAAAAACAUUCUACUUGAAAUUGAACCCAUUAUGAUGCGUGUCAGAAGGAUCUUCCGUGAAGCAUGUAAUGGUGUUAGACUUCAACCAGAGGACGAAAAGUUCAUCCUAGAGAAAGUUCUUGAGAACCACCCUGAAAAGCAAUCAAAGGUGUCUAGUGCAAUUGACUAUAUAACGGUCGACAAGCACGAAACCUUCCAGGAUACCCGAUGCUUCUAUGUGGUAUCGACAGAUGGAUCCCGUGCAGACUUCUCCUACUUCAAGUGCCUGGAGAACUUUGUGAGGAAGAGCUUCAAGGAGGAUGCCGACACAUUCUGCAUGAAGUAUCUGAGGCCGCGUCGCAGGCAAGCACCACCAGCUGAUGGAGGGGUGGCACCAGGCGCUCCGGCUGAGGCUCCACCGUCUGCUGCAGCUGAGACCGAGCAAUGGACUCCAGUACCCCCAGCAGAGGUUCCACUGUCUGCUGCGGCUGAGACCGAGCAAGUGACUCCAGCCUCUCCAUCAGAGGUUCAACAGGAGACUCUGGGUUCUCCAGCAUCAGCUCUGGAAGAGACUCCGGAGCCAGAUUCAACCGGUGACGCUGGGAUCCAGGAGAAGCAGCCUGACCCGACGCAUCCGGCUUCUCCAGCUGCGGCAGCACCAGAAGAGGCCCCCGAGCAAGAUCCAACCGACAAUGGUGGGAUUCUGGCCAAGGGGCCUGAUUCGACCCCUGCAUCUCCAGUUGUGGCCCUGCAAGUGGCUCCGGACCCUGAUUCGACAGGGCCCGAUCUGAACGACUGAUUCUUGCUAUGCAAACCAGACCUCUCCACUGAGCAUUCCCUUGCUAGCCGCAGUCGAAUACUUCCCCUGACCUCGUCUGGAGAGGCAAACAUUUACAAACAUUUAGACUUAGAAGCCGCAUUUCCCGACCUGUGCCUCUUCCCGACGAAACUCUGUAAAUUCUGGUGAAUGUUACCCCGUCUGCCGUAGCUAGCUAGUUUGUUCCCCCGGUUUGGUGCCCCGUGGCUGAUGGUCGUCGUUGCUUUGCUGUCACUCUUGUGCAAAACUCUGUAACUUCUCGUUGGUUUUCGUUAGGCAGGUGAAUCGCUUUGCCCGUUUA